CAGACUAAAGAUUGUCAAAAAUAAAUACCAGUACUUGGGCAAGAAUAUUUUUUGAACAGAAAACUCUAAAAUGUAAUUACUUGGAGACCAGAACAGAGGAUAUGUUUGACAAUUGCCAAAGACUUCAUUCCAUGGAACGAAUCUCAUAACUCUGAACCAUGGAGGUAGAAGUCUCAAAGUUUGGGGAUUCUUUGUUGCAGCUCGCACCCCAUCACAAAACUCAGUAGGAAUUCUACUCCGUAUUCAAGAGAGCUUCUGAGAAAUAGCUGAGAAUGAAUAAAAGGAAAGUACUGAGCUGAGGUCGUAUUUUUAUUGGGAUGUUUGCUGAAACAGGGUGUACAAGCAAGAAGCCCCUCAAAUAUCUCACGGAUGAAAGUGAGGAGAAGGCCCAACUCUCCUCAGACUGAUAUCAAAGACUGGAGGCUUCAACAAGCCUCCCACUAAAGUUAUUUCAGCUAAAAUGGACAAAACUAAGUGUUGAGGUAGGUUGUGCUGAGCUGCUUUAGGUGUUUUUAUAUUUUAUUUAGUGUGUCAAACAAGGUAAAUGUAUAAGUGCAAUAACAUCUUUUUCAGGAAUAAAAAAGUGAGAUUUGAAAAUAUGUUUUAAAAAAACGUAUUUAUUGGGGUAUUUUUCUUCAAUGUGGCUCUGGCUAAAUAGAAGAAAUAUUGUCACCAUUUAGUGUAAAAUUAUAUAAUAUACACUGUACACAAUUAUAGGAAAGAGAUGAUACUUGGUGAAAUCUUAAUGCGUGGGCUCCUUUUUUUACGUAUAAUAGUUCCUGCGUGGUUUACGUGACGCUCUCCACCAGCAGCAGGGUACGCGCGUAGGCGGGGUGUCCGAACCUAGUUUAUUAGCAUGUUAGGCGCGUCCUUUACGCACGUUACGCACGUCAGCCUAUCAUUUUGGAGCAUGCAGAAACAAGCCACACCCGCGCGGCAACUCGUGUAGCGCGCUCCUCAAAGCAUUGUCUUGGUAGACAAAAGUUUUAGACUUCUUUUCGUCUUGGGGUUUAGAAAGUUUCCACUGCAGGUGCACUGUGUUCACCUGCAGUGCUUAGUUGAUAAAAGGUAACUUUAUAGCAACCUUAAAGGAGUUGCUGACCGACUGGUUAUUCGCAGCCCGGCUGCCAAAGCAGAGAAGUAUUUAUUGUUCACCCGGUGGGGUUUAAAGUUCUGGCUAUAUUAGCAGGUAGUUAGCUCCAAACCUUCACUCAUAGAAGUUUAGUAACAAUGUCGGCGAUGUGUCAGCAACGACGUGCCUUGGUGGAAAUACCUGCUCCACAACCUAAAAUUGCAGCUCGAAUGAGAAGGUCUUACUUAGAAAUCCUCGGAGCUCGUUUCGCCCCUGCUCCACUUCCAAGAGGCAGCAGAAACCCAAACCCAAAGCGAGCACACUCUUUGGACCUGUCCUUCGGUGGUGUAUGGGGAGAAAGAAUCGAGGACCAGUGUGAAAAGAUGGACGAUCAUCCUACCCCACUCUCCAAACAGCAGCUUGUUCAGCUCAUCAGAUCACUCAUCUUGGUUGGACAGAGCCAAGAGCCCAAAAUGGUGGCAACAGACCUCAAGUGUCUCCAGGAAGACCUCCAGCUAAAGAAGACAAAUGUUUACAGGUCAAUCCCAUACUCAAGGUUUGGCUCCAACAGGGACGCUCACUGCUACAGAAAGGCCUAUCCUCACCUGGUGGCAUUCAAAGUUUCAUGUCAGGAGUGGGGCCAGGUUCUCCUGAGGAACAAAGAGUGGGACGCUGUGUUGGAGCACUCCCUCAUGGCGUGGCGAUACACCAGUGAUUUACCGCAGUGGGACACAGUCAGCCAUAACGCGAUGAGAGAGCAGUGCUACAGCAUCCUGGCUGCUCACAGUCUGGCUGCGCUCCAGCACUACUGCCCAGAGCCCAGCAGAGGACAGGAACUGCUCAGGAGGUUUAAGAUGGCUCAGCUGCAAAGCCAGUUGAUAGUCCCCUGUAUUGAGGGACUGCAAAGGAUUAUGGGAUACACAGACGAUAUUUCUAUGGAUACAAAGUGACCUGAUGAUUCUGCUCAGCAGCUGGAUUUGUGAAAACUGUUCCUCAUGGUUAACUCCUCCAAUGAUUGUUUUAAUUGGUGAAAAAUGCUGUUUUCUUGGCUGAUUAAUCACAGAAUCCACAACAGGACUGGUGCUGCUAAAAUGAUCUUUGUGUGUUUGUUUGUUUGUUUUUUGCUUUAAAUAAGAAGAUCAAGUUAAUAAUUUAUUAGUUUACUUUAUCUAGUGCUUUCACACCAAUUUUCAUACAAUUUUGCAUAGGUAAAGUACUCUAUUGCUACAAGAUGGACAUCUGAAAUAUAAAAUAAUGUAGACUUUAAAACGUGUCCUUAAUGAUCCUUAUAUAAGAAAGUAAUGCUGGAUUUAAUCACAUUAGAAGAAAAGCUUAAAUGCUCUUAUUUGGCAUCUCCAUAUAUUAUUUUCCAGCCAUUUAAAAUAUACUCCCUUUUCAGAGUAUUAAUAUUCACUUGGUACUGGCAGGAGUUUAAAUAAAUGUGGGUGUGUGUGUGUGUGUGUAUAUAUAUAUACUUUUAGAGCUCUUUAGAGAAUAAUUUGCAUUGACAGAUGAAUUGUUAAGAAGGUUAUUGCCUCUUUUUUGCGUAUUAACUUCCAUGUUACUGUUGGAAACCCUGUAACAUGUCUGCUUUGUCUCGUCUCGUGAUUUCCUGUUGCAUCGUGUUUUUCAUGGAGUCCUUUAUUGCACUGUCAGUGUUUGUCCUGAAAACUUGAAAGUUUUGAUAAAAUUGAUUUCUAAUUUAAAUAAAAUUGAUAUGAACUGCA